AUGCAGCUUCUCGUCCUGUGGUUUACGUACGUGCUUGGCUCUGCUGUAGCCUCGCCAGCGCCCGCCAGACUCUGGAGCAGUGAAAGUAGCAGGGUCAUUGGAGGAUCCGAUGCCGACAUAGCUAACUACCCCUGGCAACUGGCGUUCGAGUAUAGCGGUUCGCUCCACUGCGGAGCGUCCAUCAUCAGUUCCAACUGGGUGCUGACGGCCGCUCACUGUGUGGAGGGCUAUAGUCUCCCUCUCAUGAGUUUCCGAGCUGGCUCGUCAACUCGAGAAAGUGGUGGCACCGUCCUUCAAGCCUCAUCUGGCUACAUGCACGGAUCUUUCAGUGCCAGAACACUGGAUUACGAUAUUGCUGUUGUACAGGUGUCUGGGUCUCUACUUGGCGACAAUACACAGGCGGUAGAGCUCGCAUCAGACGGAUAUGACCCCCCAGCUGGUCUGGCAGUGACGGUGACCGGCUGGGGACUCACUGUCACUGGUGGGGACGCUCCCACCAAUCUCCAGAAAGUGGACAUCAGCAUCUUGGACCGUUCCACUUGCCGGGACCUCUUUGCGAGUAUGAACACUGUGACCGAGCGGAUGGUGUGUGCUGGUGAGGUGGGCCACACUGUCUGCAGCGGCGACUCUGGCGGUCCUCUUGUCAGCGGUAGCACCCAGGUGGGCAUCGUCUCCUGGGGAUACCCGGACGAAUGUGAGGCGACUCCCGGCGUCUACACCAGUGUUGGGAACUUACGUUCCUGGGUUCGAGCUCUAACUGGCGUUUAACACCCUAUGUGCCUCUACUGGUCUGUGUUUUCUACAAUGAUGUAAACUGUUCUUAACUAUUAAUUCUUCUGGACUAUACCA